UCAAUCGAUACCCUACCAUGGCCGACGCCACAGUUCCAGAAAGACCACUGGCCACAAUGACCAAGACUGAAUCUGCUCCCGAGGACGCGCUUUCAGCACCAGAUGCCAACCCCCAACCCACAGACCCUAAAGCCGCCCUCGCUGCCCGCAUGGCGCGCUUCAAGUCCCUCCAAGCACAAAAAGCGAGCGGCAAGAAAGCGACGGAAAAAGAAGUCCGCGACGCCGAAGAUCGCGAAGAGCGCCGCGCCAAGAUUGCAAAGCUGCAAGACGCGCACGAUAAAGCCUCAUACAAGCUGCUCAAGAACGACGACCCGGACUUUGAGCGCAAGAGAAAUUGGGAUUAUACCGUCGAGGAGAGUGAAAACUGGGACAAGCGCAUGGCGAAGAAGGGCAAGGCCAGGGACGGUGUUGCGUUCGCGGAUUAUCAGGGCGAGGCGAACAAAGUGUACAAGAGGCAGAUCAAGCAGAUGGACAAGGUGGAUUUGGAGUCUUAUGCGGCGCACAAGGCGCAGAAGCUACAGAGACAGGUGCAGUCUGGGUUGCUGCAACUUGUGGAGACGGAGAGUGGGGAUGUGUACACCGUGGAUCAGCAAGGGCGUAUCAACACGCCUGUCGACGAGGAUUUCAGUGGCGACCAUACGCCGAGUAAAGAGGCGGUGGAUAAGUUGGUUGAUGAUCUAGAGAAGGGCGAGAGGGCGAGGUUGAAGGCCAGGGCAGCGAGGGGUAUCAGGGAUGAGCAGGAUACGGGCGAUGUCACGUACAUCAACCAGAAGAACAAGCAGUUCAACGACAAGUUGACGAGAUUCUACAACAAGUAUACGACAGAGAUUCGGGAGAGUUUUGAAAGAGGUACGGCGAUAUGAAAGGGAGAGAGGUCGGAAGUGAACAACAAGUGGUGGUUAUACCCUGAUAUCGCAUUUGAACGGCGUCGCUUGUUUGGGCAACAUUGGAGUACGGAAAUAACGGCGCUAUUCAUAUCUCAGCCAUGGGCAAUGAAAAUCAUAUUUACUUGACACAUCGGUCAUAUCGUACGACUGUCACGAAGAAAUUGAAGAUGAAUCUGUCCUGGAUAUCAUACUAUGAACC